GGGUACGCGCAGGCUCGCAACCUCGCAAGUGGUCAUUUUCUGCCGUGUCAAGCAGGCGGGCGUGCAGAGGAAUUGCUCAUAAAAAAAUAGCUUUUGGCAGGACGCCCCAGUCACAUAAAGAGCUGCUGAGGCGAGAUAGAAUGGGUGCCCCGUUGAGGACUUUGGUCGUGGACAACGGAGCAUACGCUAUCAAGAGCGGGUUUGCCGAUAAUCCAGCCGAAUUCCAUACUGUACGUAACUGUUCCGUACGUGGGAAAGGCGGUCGGAUAUUGGUUGCCGACCAAGUACAAGACUCCUCAGACUUGUCCGGGUUGAUACCACGAGUUCCGUUCGAGAAAGGAUAUAUUACAGACUGGGAGUUAGAAAAAGAUAUCUGGAAGCGUUUACUGUCACAUAGCGAAAAGUGCAAGCCAGGCGAAUCGACGCUCCUCAUCACAGAGCCAUAUUUCAACCUUCCAAAUAUACGGCAUGCUUACGAUGAAAUAGUGUUCGAAGAGUUCGGGUUUGCGGCGUACCAUCGCUCAACAGCCGCCGCACUGUCUGCAAAUCUUUCUGGCCCUGCAGGACCGUCCGAAGCUGCACUUAUUGUGGAUUCCGGAUACUCCUUCACACAUGUUGUUCCUGUGUACCUGGGGAGGCCGAUCUGGGAUGCCAUUAAGCGGAUUGAGGUUGGAGGAAAGCUGUUGACGAAUCAUUUGAAGGAGAUCAUAGCUUUUCGACAAUGGAACAUGAUGGAGGAAACUUUCCUUGUCAACGAAAUCAAGGAGCAAUGCUGCUACGUAUCCGAACGCUUUGAUGCGGAUCUCGAGGCCUGCAGACUAGACGGGUUGGCCAACACCAUCAAGCUCGAGUAUGUGCUACCGGAUCUGAUAUCCGGAAGGAAGGGAUACAUCCGAUCGAACGCCCCGGCUACAUCGAAAAGCGCCGACGAACAAGUAUUGAUUAUGAAUAAUGAACGGUUCACUGUGCCAGAGAUCCUCUUCAACCCAUCGGAUAUCGGGAUUGAACAGGCGGGACUAGCCGAAGCGAUAUAUCAGGCUGUUUCACAAACCGACUCAGAUUUGCAACCACUACUGUAUGCGAAUGUACUUUUAACGGGCGGGAAUGCCCGUUUGCCCGGCUUUGCGAAACGGCUGCAAAGGGAAUUGCGGUCUCUCGUUCCGUCGGAGUUCGAACUCAGAAUACACGCGUCGGAGAGACCGGAGACCGUUGCUUGGGAAGGUGGCGUACGUUGGGUGACUGAGAGGCCUGAGGACUUCCGAUCCCACUGCGUUACGAGGGAAGAGUAUAUGGAGAAUGGUGCUCUGCCUUGUGCACGCAAGUUCGAUAGCAUGCGAUAGGCGUAAUUCAGCUUCCCAUUCAUCUGUCAUAACCCUGCGUAAAUCACCAUUCUUGGCGAUUGAAUCCGAGAGAUCAUCAAUGCACUUCUGAAAAUAUUAUGAGAUGCAAAAA